AUGGCACCCAGCCUCCCUCCCUCUGGCCGCCGCGCCCAACCUCAUCUGGUCGCCAAGCCCAGCCUCCCUCCCCCGCUGUGGCCAGCCUCCCUCCCGCCGCCGCGCCCAGACUCCCUGUCGCUGCCGCGCCCAACCUCCCUCCCUGGCGUGCCCAGCAUCCCUCCCUCCGCUGCUACUCCACAUCGGCUUCACCAGCCGCCGCCGCCUACUUUGACCGCCCCACUGCCCGGGUCGCCGCACCGGCUCCACCGGCCCCUACAGCACGCCACUGAUCUUAGUAUCCCUGGAGAUGGAAGAAAGAAAGACAGGUUCAUGGUAAACCCUGGUAAAAAUAUUCGUGUGAGGUCAGCAAGUGGCGGCCUGAUUAAGACUGCUACAACACUUUGA